AAAGGGUUACUUUAUAAUCCUCGAAAAAAUAAAUACAAACACCCAAUUUUAUUUUCACCCUUUCUCUCUCUACAAUUCUACCUCUAAUUCUCUCUCUCUCUCCCUCUCUCUCUCUCUCUCUUGUACAUCCCAGAUCCCCAAUUUUUUCUCUUCAUUUUCUCUUUAUCCAUUUCUCCUAUUUUUCAUUCACCCUACCACUACUCCCUUUCCCCUCUUCUACAAUUUCUCUCUAAACUCCCCCCAUUUUCGUAGAAUUAGGGUUAGGGUUUCACCAACAAGAAACACCAUUAGCAUGACUCCGUUUUCUUCUCUAAUGGGUUUUCAUGCUAUUCAAAAAAAUUGGAGAGAUUAGAAGAGAAGAAAACAAGAAACCCCAAGAUACCAGAUUUUUAAUAUAUAUAUAUUUUUGGGGAAUCAGGUCUUGUUAAGAAGAUCUGAGAAGAGGAGAGUUGUUGUUGGUUUUCUUGAAAGAGAAAAUGAGUGCUUCAAGGUUUAUUAAAUGUGUUACCGUGGGUGAUGGUGCCGUUGGAAAGACAUGUCUCUUGAUUUCUUACACCAGCAAUACCUUCCCCACGGAUUAUGUGCCCACCGUCUUCGACAAUUUCAGCGCAAAUGUGGUCGUCAAUGGGAGUACUGUCAACCUAGGAUUGUGGGAUACUGCUGGACAGGAGGAUUACAAUAGGUUAAGACCUCUGAGUUACCGUGGAGCUGAUGUUUUCAUUUUGGCAUUCUCUCUCAUCAGUAAAGCCAGUUAUGAAAAUGUUUCCAAGAAGUGGAUUCCUGAGUUGAAGCAUUAUGCCCCCGGUGUCCCAAUAGUGCUUGUUGGAACAAAACUUGAUCUUCGGGAUGAUAAGCAGUUCUUCGUAGACCAUCCUGGUGCUGUGCCAAUUACUACUGCGCAGGGAGAGGAGUUGAGGAAAACAAUUGGUGCACCUUCUUACAUUGAAUGUAGUUCCAAAACACAGCAGAACGUGAAAGCGGUCUUUGAUGCGGCUAUCAAGGUCGUGCUCCAGCCACCCAAGCAGAAGAAAAAGAAGGGAAAGUCCCAAAAGGCAUGUUCUAUAUUGUGAUCAACAGUAGUAGGUCCAAUGUUUAUUACUGGUCACAGUUCUCCUUGUAACCUCUCCCUCAUAUUCCAUUGUCAUUUGUCUCGGAGGAAGUAGGAGGUCCAUGUAUUUCUCAUUUAAAAUUACUAUUGAUCUCUUGAAUUGUGUAAGGUGGCUCGGUUUUCUGUAUUGCUAAUUGCUUUGUCACAGCACCUUGUCGUAGGCCACUGUAUUGUGCCCUCUCUGUUUUGAUUUGCUUUAUGUAUUAAUGACCAAAUGAUCCCAGUUAGAAGAAAAAAAAGGAAAUUUUCUCGGCAA